AUGCGCGCGACGCGCGCGACGACGACGAUCGCGACGAAUGAGCGCGUCGGGCCCGCGCGUGGGCGUCGUCGUCGGCCUCCAGCGCGUCGAGCGGGCGUUUUCGUACGCGCGAGCUUCGGACGGUUCGCCACCGAGUCGACCGCGCGCGCGCGCGAUGGGGUGAAGCCGGGCAAGGGACCGGGGAGCCCGCCGUAUUCGGAGAUUUAUGAUUAUCUCGCGUCUUCUCGAGCGGUGAGAGAGGCGUCGAUCGAGGACGUGCGGGCCGUGGUGCGCGGACGCAGACGAGGCGCGGUGAUUGACGUCCGUCAACCUCUCGAACACGAGGAGUGGCGUCUGAGCGGAACGAAGAGCGCGCCGUUCCUGGUACCAAUGAGUAACCAAAUUCGUCGGGCGAGUGGUUACUUUUUGAGCAUCAAAGGUGGGUUGAAGGAGCGAAACGCAUCCUUCAUCGAGCGCGUCGACGAGUUGACGAACGGCUCGCGCCGAGAAACGGUGAUCCUUUUGGACCUUCGCGGCGGCGAUCUUUCGAUCGCUCCGAACACCGGUUCGACGUCUAUAAGCGAUCGGGGUGAUUCUUUAAGCUUGAGAGCGGCUUUUGAGCUCGUGCAGGCCGGAUACACGGAUGUCCGAUACGUCGUCGGCGGCUUUCCGACACUCAUAGACGAGGGAGGAUUGGAGUUCGAAAGCGAAAAGUACGGAGCGUUACUCGACGCUGUCGGCGACCGGACCAGACGCACGCUCAUGUAUAGUAACUUACUUCCUGAUCCUAGUUUGGCGCCGGGCGUCCUCGUGCAGCUCGUACUCUUGCUUGCUCUGGUGAUAUUCCAGCAGGCGUCGUCGUGA